AUGUACUUCCUGGUCCGAUGGCUCUGCAUCGGAAUUGUCCGGUCGUUCUUCAAAGAGGUUGCCGUCCUCCAUCCGGAGCGCAUUCCUCUCUAUGGGCCCGCGAUCUUCGUGGGUAACCACAACAACCAGUUCAUGGAUGCCUCGAUGCUAGUCGCCAACAUCCCGCGCCAAGUCCACUUCCUGGUCGCGUUGAAGAGCAUGAAGCGAAAGGUCAUUGGUUUCCUGAGUCGCCUCGCAGGGUGCAUCCCCGUGGAUCGGCAGGACGACCGCGCGGUCAAGGGACAAGGCGCCGCGCGCAUCUCCCACCACUUCACAGAAGAAGACCACUCCUGUCCCCAGCCGCCGCACCACCACCACCAUGCAAGGCCCAAGGCGGCCGAGGGGGCGGCCGGCCAGCGCGGAGACACGACCGCGCGCGACUCGCGUGGCCGAGUCGGCGAGAGCCUGCCACAGGACGAGACGUCUUCGAAGUUCGGAGAAGCGCGCGGCGGACUCAAAACACCUGGAGGGAGCGUCGAUGACCCGAAAGACCGAAGGAAGAGUGCGGAGGACCAGCGGGGAACAGCAAAUGGUGACGGCCCGAACGGGGAGGGUCAUAGUUCCGGAACCCCUAACCCGGAAGAGGGUGUGGUGACGCACGGGGCCGUUCCCCGCCACCUCGAAGUCCCCGCGGGGGACGGGGCGCACGACGCCAGAACUCCGGUCUCGCGGUCUCCGACUCCAGUCGCCUAUACACUGGGCAAGAACGCGGCGGUUGACAGGAACCUGCGUAGCGAGCUCAUCCGCGCCUUCGCCUCCAGAGCGCCGUCGCCUGCAGUCCCGCGGUCUGAAGGUCCGCCUUACGGCAAGAGCGCCUCGGCGCCUCUCGCUCUUUUCGGCCCCCCCCACCUGGUGUCGAUCCUCGGUCACCACACACGCUUUCUCGCGGAAGUCCGGCCGGGGUACAAAAUCCGGCUCGACGGCAAAGACUACCUCGUCCUCCGAGUCCUCUCCGACACGCACCUCGUCGUUCGCCCGCCGCAAGACGCGCCGCGCCGCCUGGGGUCUUCGCCUCUCCCGACGCCCGCAGGCACUUGGUCCAGCGUCGCUCCCCGUGUCGCGCCGAGUGUACGUCCACCUGGCCACUGGGAUGCGUCUCCCCUGAGCCCGCAGGGGACGACGAGCGGCGAGAGAGACCGCGCCGAGGAGGCACGAGAGGGAGCGCCAAGUUCGACGCGGAGCGGGGCUGUCGCCGCCUCGAGUGGGAGAAAGGCCAGCGAGAAAGAAGAGAGCGAGUCGGAGGCAGAGAUGCAGAGAAGAAGCGACUCGUUCUCCAGUCAGUCCAGCUCCAGCAGUACGUCGUCAGGUCCUGGUGGCCAAGGCGUUUUUUCGCGAAGCGAUUCCAUGGCGCGGUUCGGGAUGAACGCCGGAGACGGCCAGACAAACGCGAAGGCAGGCGGUGUCGGAGGCGAACCUGGGGAUCAGGAAAAUCUUCCUCCCGAGGCAGGACUAAACCGCGACAGCUCGGCUGCCUCCUUGCAGGGAGGCGCCGCACUCGCAACGAGAACUGCGAGCGCGAGAGACGUCGGCGCAGUUUCCGACCGCGACCAGGCGCUCCCCACGGAGGUGAAGCGGCCCGUGACGCCCAGUCCGGCGUCCUUUGGAGAGGUGACAGCCGAAGGCCUGCGAAGAAGGGUACAUCAGGCUGCACUCGCGGGGAAAGAAGGAAGCCUGCACGAAUCGGGGGGACGGGAAUCGCGAGCAGACAGUCGUGGGGCCGCUGCGGGGGAAGGAUCUCAUGAAGGACAAGGCAGCGGACACAGGCACGCCGAUGACGAAGAGCCCCACCUUGCGGCUAAUGUGAAGACCGAGAGAGAAAAACGUCUGGCGGCUGCGUCCUACAAAGAAUACAAGAUCCUCCCCAAGGUAGACCAGCGUGAGGUCUACGAGGCUGUGUCCCAUAGUCUCGUCGACGGCGACUGUAUCGGCAUUUUCCCUGAGGGCGGCAGCCACGACCGCACGACGCUCUUGCCGCUGAAACCGGGCGUUGCCAUCAUGGCCAUCCAAGGCGUCGCCGCAGGGGCGGAUGUCAUGAUUGUCCCCGUGGGCCUCGUCUAUCACAACCCCCACAAAACGCAGUCCAGAGCGACGAUCCACAUUGGCGAACCCAUUCCGAUUUCGCGGGAGUCAGUGAUCGAGUAUCAGCAAGACCGGCGGGCGGCGACGGCUCGCAUUCUCACAGACGUCGAACACGGACUUCGUUCAUGCAUCAUCACAGCCCAGGACCACGAGACGAUGACUCUCAUCCAUCUGUGUUGCUCUCUGUACCCUCCGGAAAGGCUGCGCCUCUCGCCCGAGAAGCUCUUCAACUUGAAUCAGCUCCUGUCGAAACUCUUCUGGCGGUGCGCCGACGCUCCCGAGCUCUCGAGACUCCGGCAGGACUUAGAGCAGUACCAGGGCGCUCUCCAGCGCGCGGGGAUUCCAGACCAUGACGUGUGGAUGUUAAAGCAGAGCACGGCCGGUGCCUCGCUGUGUUUCGCCGAAAAGCUGAUUGCGCUCCUUUUCUCAAUCAUCCUGGGCGUUCCUCUGCUUCCUCUCUGGGGUCCCCUCCGCGUCGUCGCCUACUUCCUCGCGGAGCGGCACCGAGCCCAGGCGCUGGCAGCAAGCAGCGUGAAAGUCAAGGGUAUGGACGUCGUGGCGAGCUAUAAAGUGAUUGUUUUGCUCGUGUGUGUCCCCCUGUUCAACCUCCUCUACGGCGCCAUCUUCGGCCUCGUCUUGCGCCGGACUCUCACAGAGACUCUCGUGGCGAUGCUGCUCUGUGUCUGUCUCCUCCCCAUCGCCUACUACUUCAGCAUGCGCCGAGCGGAACGGAUCCUCCCCCUGAUUCGCCAGAUGCGCACUCUCGUCAUCGUCCUUGUUGGCAAAGUUAACAUUUGGCGAGAAAACGAGCGAGAGCUCAUCACGCAAAGAAUGAAUCUUCAGUUCUCGGUUCGAGAGACGCUGUUGACGUUGGGGCCGCAAACGUCGCCCGCUUUCAUGGACGAGCUGUACUCAAUCCUUCCCAAGGCGGUUCUCGUCGCUGACAUCAAGCGUCUGAUACGAAAGAAGGAAGACUUCGCCCCUCUCCAGAUGAAGAGCCUCAUGAACAAUGCAGAAGAAAUCCUUUGA